GUUAUGCUGUUUUAUAUAAUGAAAUCUGGACGUUUGAAAAGCAGUAUUGUGGCCAAGAACUGCCAGGGUUUGUGAAUUACAAAACAUUUGAGAACAUUAUAAGAAGACAAAUCAAAACCCUGGAAGAACCAGCUAUAGAAAUGCUGCACAAGGUCACUGAAAUUGUACGAGCUGCCUUUACAAGUGUUUCUGAGAAAAAUUUUUCUGAGUUUUUUAACCUCCACAGAACUACCAAGUCCAAACUUGAAGACAUCAGAUUAGAACAAGAAAAGGAAGCAGAGACGUCGAUCCGACUCCACUUCAAGAUGGAACAAAUUAUCUACUGCCAGGACCAGAUUUACAGAGGAGCCUUGCAGAAGGUCAGAGAGGAGGAAGCUGAGGAGGAGAAGAAGAAGACAAAGCAUGGCACUUCCAGUUCCUCUCAGUCCCAAGAUUUACAGACCUCAUUCAUGGCUGAUAUCUUCAAGCAUCUGAAUGCCUACUGCCAG